CAACGAUCUGGAGUUCUUCCCCCAUAUGCUAAUUCUGGUUGAACCUCUGAAGAACGCAUUCGUCUCCUUACAGAGAUCAGAUUCGAAUCUGUUAACCAUUUGUGAUUCUCUAAAGAAGGCUGUUGAUUCCCAAUCUGAUCCUCGUGAACAGAGACGGUGGUGCAUGAAAGCUUUUGUACCGAUCCGCCGUGACAAGUGAGGAGUUACUUUAAUAUUCAUCAAUGGCGUCUUGGCUCAAAGCUGCGGAAGAUUUGUUCGAGGUUGUGGAUCGAAGAGCAAAGUCCGUGGUUGAAGAUCUUUCCGAGGAACAGUCCGCUUUGCAGUCUUCAGCUUCUGAUAAGAAAGGGUCUCAAUCGAAGAGAUUAAAUUCAAAGAGAAAGGCUCGGCAGAAACUUUUAAAAGAAGAAGCUUCUACCAAGAGAGAUCUUUCUGGUGGUCAGUCUGGAGCCGGAGUGUCACAGUCUGACGGGCCUCCAUCUAAAAGUUCUGUUUCCACUGAAGAUGCCUCUUCCUCUGGGCCUACCUUGCAGAGAAGAGAGUUUCAACCGACUGAUGCAGAUGUCCAGAGUGUUCAGCCACUUCCACAAUCAGCAGCAGCCACAAAGAGUGAAGAUGCUUCUGUGGUAACUUCAGAAUCUGUUGUGGACGGUGAUGCUGCUGAGGCAACUCCAGGUAGCAAGAAUCCUGAUGGAGAUGUUCGUGUUCCAAGUGACUCUUUGGUGCAACCAUCACCAUCUUUACCUGACAAAGAAAUUGAAGUCGUUGCCAGUGAGAAUCUGGUUGAAGCUCCCAAAAAGGAUGCACAAGGAGAGUUGGAAGAUUCUUUAAAAAGAGACCAGGAUAAACUGGAAUCCGUAGUACACGUUUCUCCUGUGGGAGAAAAUGUGAUUCAAAGCACAGGUGAUGCGGCGAAAGAGAAAGUUAGCAGCUCAAUUAAUUUGGAUAAAAAACAGGAACAGAAAGUUGCUGAUGCCUCCUCAAUCAUUCUGGAGAGAGAGCAAGAUCGUAGAGCUGAUACAACUUCCAUGAAGAUUCAAGAUCAACUUGAAGAGGCUCAGGGGUUGUUAAAAGCUACAGUUUCCACUGGGCAGUCAAAAGAAGCCAGGUUAGCGAGGGUCUGUGCUGGACUUUCAUCCCGUCUGCAAGAAAUUAAGGCAGAGAAUGCACAGUUGGAAGAGCUUCUCACUGCAGAGCAAGAGCUUACCAAGUCAUAUGAAGCCAGCAUUAGACAGUUACAAAAGGAGCUAUCCUCUUCAAAAAGUGAAGUCUCGAAAGUAGAGUCAAGCAUGGUUGAGGCACUAGCAGCUAAGAACUCAGAGAUUGAAACACUUGUCAGCGCAAUGGAUGCCCUAAAAAACCAGGCUGCUCUGAGCGAAGGAAAAUUGUCGUCUCUUCAGGCGGACAUGGAAUCUAUUAUGAGAAACAGAGAAUUGGCUGAGACUAGGAUGAUGCAGGCAUUGCGGGAGGAGCUUGCAACAACUGAAAGGAGAGCCGAGGAGGAGCGUUCUGCACACAACGCCACAAAAAUGGCUGCCAUGGAGAGGGAAAGGGAGCUAGAGCAUAGGGCUGUGGAUGCUUCCACAGCACUUGUUAGAAUUCAGAGAAUUGCUGAUGAAAGGACAGCGAAGGUGGCAGAACUUGAGCAGAAGGUGGCCUUGCUUGAGGUCGAAUGUUCAUCUCUGAAUCAAGAGCUGCAAGAUAUGGAAAUUCGUGCUCGCAGAGGACAAAAGAAAUCUCCGGAUGAACCAAACCAAGUGAUCCAAAUUCAAGCAUGGCAGGACGAAGUGGACCGUGCUCGGCAAGGUCAAAGAGAUGCUGAAGAGAAACUUUCUUCGAUGGAGGCUGAAAUGCAAAAAGUGAGGGUUGAAAUGGCAGCCAUGAAGAGAGAUGCAGAACAUUAUUCCCGCCAGGAGCAUACAGAGCUGGAGAAACGCUACCGUGAACUAACUGAUUUAUUGUACUAUAAGCAAACGCAACUAGAGACUAUGGCGAGUGAGAAGGCUGCAGCAGAGUUUCAGUUGGAGAAAGAGGUUAAACGUCUACAGGAAGCACAGGUUGAGGUAGAAAAAAGCAGAGUUUCGCGACGCCCAUCAACAACUUGGGAAGAAGAUUCUGAGAUCAAGACACUCGAGUCUCUUCCACUGUAUCACCAACACUUGGCUACAGCGAGGACACAGUUGCAAAAUGCAGUGAAACUGUUAGACUCAGGAGCUGUAAGGGCCACGAGGUUCCUUUGGCGGUACCCGAUAGCUCGGAUUCUCUUACUUUUUUACCUUAUCUUUGUUCACCUCUUCUUGAUGUAUCUUAUACACCGACUACAGGCGCAAGCCGAGGCUGAAGAAGUAAGGGAUUCAAUGGGCCUGACCAACAACAACGUUUUCAGACCAUGACAGAUUCCACAAGGAAAUGGGGUUUUUAAGUGACCUAAUAACUUACUUAUGGAUUGUCUUAUAGAAGGUUUUUGAACUUUUCUUAAACGGAGGCUGCUUGUCAUGAUUUUGUGUAGCAGCAGUUUUUUUGUUCUUCAAAAAUAUCUCUUCAAACCGCUGAAAUUUUAAGAACAUAAUGCUUGUAAAUGCAUAAAUGGGGUUUAUAGAUGCUUAAAUACCUCUAACUUCAACUAGUUUGGAUUAGAGUGGCUGUAUUACACGCUUUGC